UAAAGUUAGGAUAGAUAUUGGCGAAUGAGCCAAAGUUAGAAUUAAUGGGGACAAUUUUUCCUUUAAAUAAAUAAAAAUCAGAAUUUAAUAUUUUGUAAAAUAAUAUUUUUUUAGUUGUUUAAAAUUCUUGUUAUAUAUGUUGGAGAUGUUAAACUCAUAUAUAUUUCUCUCUCUCUAGAUUUUCUCUCUAGACUUUUUGUUUUUUCUGUGAAGUUGGCAUGGUGGAUUCUACAGAUCCACCGGAUCCAUCUAUGAGUUCUGAUCAAGAGAUGAAUGACCUUGAUCAAAAAUCUCCCUCUCCAGUUGUUAGUUUCCGUGAAGUGGUGGCUAGUUCAUCCCAAUGGUUUGAAGAGGCUAGGAGGAUUAUAGCAACAUCGACAGAGUGGUCUCAAGAUGAAGAUAUAGGUCCAGUUUCUGGUCUAACUGUCCGAUUUGAUAAGGAUACUUUAGAUCGAUUGAGGAAGCCUUGGGGUUUAACAUUAAUGGGAAAGUGUCUGGGAACUUCAAUCAGGCCGGCUUUUAUGCUCAAUCGAGCACGAAUUAUGUGGAAAAUUAAGGGCGGAUUGGAAGUAAUUGAUCUUGGUCAUAAUGUUUUCCUGUUCCGUUUCACUAUGGAGGAUGACUAUGAGAGGGCUUUGUUUGGAGGACCUUGGUUCGUUUUUGACCAUUAUUUAAUGAUGGCGAAAUGGAGGCCGAAUUUUAGAGCUUCUGAAAAUCCUUUUGACAAGAUGAAUGUUUGGAUUAGAUUCACUGAAUUGCCAGUGGAGUAUUAUGAUAAAUCAGCUCUAUUCGAGAUUGCAAAACUAGCAGGAACACCAAUUCGAGUGGAUUAUGCAACGGAUAGAUUGACUAGGGGAAGAUACGCCCGGGUCUGUAUUGAAAUUGAUUUAAGCAAACCUUUGGUGACAAAGGUUUGGAUUGGUGGCGCGUGGCAACACAUUUCCUAUGAGAACAUCACUUCUUUGUGCUUUACAUGUGGCAAAGUUGGUCAUGUUCAAUCUCAAUGCAUGUUGAAUAAAAAGCAUGAGGUGGAAGUCAAAGGUACAGGUGUUGAUCAAAAUGCGUCAUCAGAAGAGCAAAUGAAGUUGGAUUCUUCAGCUAAUGAAGUUAAUGGGCCGCAACCUGAUAUUAUAAAGGCUACAAAGCCCACAAGCUUGGUUGGAUCUCCCUCUAAAUCCAACUCAUUUCAAGUUCUGGCGGAAAAUGAUGUUCAUGGAGAGUUUGGGCCAUGGACUUUGGUGACAAACAAGAAAAAGCAUUUCAAAUCUGUUGAUAAUAAUAAUAGAAGAAGUGUUACAAAAAAUAAUGCUCAUAAUAAGGUUGAUAAUAACAAUCAAAAGUCUGUUAAACAAAUUAUUGUUGAUAAUAGCAACAAAAGAAAGAUCUUAAUAAUAUGAAAAAUAAUUAUGUAUAUAAAAAAAAGAAUAAAGUUUUUGAAAAAGUUAGUUCUAUAAAUCAGACUCCUAAUUCAGAAGGUCCUACUAUUAAAUCAAGAAAGGAGGAUUUUGUUCCUAUUUUAGAGGAUAAUAAGGGGGUUAGUGUGGAAGUGAGUAAUAAUAUUUCUACUCCCAAGUCUAAUCAAGAGGAGAUUACUGAGCCUAAUCAGGCUUUAGAGGAAAUGUUAGUGGAUAAUUCUUCAAUCAAGGUUUUAGAAUCAACAGGUGUCGUGAUUGUGCCGCUGUCAAAUUCCACUAGACACUUGGAAGAAAUGCAACUUGAUGUUCCUUCUACACCCUUGAUUUUAAAUACUCAUCAGUCUUAUAGUAAAGCCCUCACAGAGGAUCCUCUCUCUUCCCCUCUUUUAAUAGUCCCUAAUUCUGAUUUCAUUUCAACAAAUCAAAACCAUCAGACCUCCAACCAUGCAAAACCAAAAACAUCCACAGUUCUCCCAAGCUCUACCAAUGAUAACCUAUCAGAGGCGGCGAGUUUCAGAUCAGGAAAUCAAUUCCAACUCUCAGGGGCAGGAGCCGAUUCUUCAAGGGAUUCCAGUUCACGAAUUGCAGCAGGGAUCGAGGUCGACCUCGAACACCCUUCAGUUGUUUCCCGCUUCCCCAAUGAUAAAAACAUUGUUGAUCAAAAAGAGGUCGGGAUCCCCGACGGAGAUAACCGGUGCAGUGAGGUUGUUAGAUGCAUUGAAGAGGAAACAGGAGGCAUUAUCAAUUCACUUCUACAAAUCCCUUGUUUUCUAGACGCUAUUGGCUCGACGCUAUGUGUGAGGCGUCAACCCAAAAAUAGAUUUCCGCUUUUUUUUGACGUUUUUUUGUGUCGAAUUAAUUUCUCGACAAUGUACAUCGUCGAAAAUAUAGAAUGCAUUUCACGUGACUCAAUGCAACCCACAACUUUAAAAAAAGCGGUGUACAGGGAAUUUAAAAAAUAAAAAAAAUUCAUAUACUGCCCAAACACCCUAACACAUAAUAGAGACCUAGCAAACCCCCCCUCCCCCCACCUCUCUCUCUCUUCUUUAGCUUUCAGAUCUGAAAAACUUCAUACACUAAAUCGAAUUGUUCAUCACUAUCCUUAAUUCUUAUACAAUCUAAGUUAUUUUUUUAAAACAGCUUGAAAUUCAGCGAAUUUGGGUCGAAGUCGUGUUAAUUUUCUUCUGCUCCCUUUUCAAUUUCUUCAAUUUAUGGUAAUCUCGUUCUUUUUCUCAUCAAUUUCCUUACUUGUAUGCUUAAAUAUCAUUUGGAUAUACUUAGUUCUUUUAUAAUUACAUUAAAUUUUUAGUUAUUGUGUAGUAGAAAGCCAUUGUAUUUAAAUCUAGGGUUUGAUCGUAUGGCGUGUUGGGUGUAGGGGAUUUAAAAAGCGAAUUAGUUUAUUUAUGCUUCAUUUAUUGAAGGUCUUGGUCUAACUGGGAAUCUCAAUUGUUGUAGAAUUUCAUUUGAUUUUGUUUUAUUACUCAAAUAAACCCUUUGGGCUGGUUGUUACGCUAUGAACUCAGAAAUUGUGUAGAUCGCAUGUCUUUUGUACCUUAUAAUUUGUUGAUCGAACCCUCUCUAUUUUCUUGGUUUUUUUUUAUAACUAAGAUGUGCUUCUAGGUGAUUAAAGAUGCUGGGAUGGGUUAUUUGUUUAGAAUGUUUUUUUUAAUUGCAUAUGUAUCAACUUUUGUCUGUAGACUAGAAAGUGGGUGAAAAAGUGUAAGACUCCUGUUUAUGCCUCAAUUAUCCUUACGGAUUGAACUAGUUUUGGUUGAGAUGCUCGUGUGUGAGUUUAUGAUAAUUUGAUUUGUUUGGAAAAUAUGAUAAUUUAAUUUGUUUGAAAAAAUGCUUAAAUAGUAUUGGUACUUGUUGUCUUUCUCUGCACAAUUAGGUAUUAAUUCAUAUGGUUUUAUUGGAAAAGAUGAAUUAGAUGGUGAUAGUGACUCUUUUAUAAUGCCUAAAUGGAUCGAAUGUUACUUUGUAGCUUGACAUCUUUUCUUAGUUUCCACCUUUUUUGCAUUUUGUUAGGUUUAUAUUAUGGAUAGUAUGUACAAGUUUUCUAUUGUAGUAUUUAGAAUUUUGUAUGCUGCUUGUUUUCUAAUUUGCAUAUGCUUUUUCCUUCUCAUUAUUGUGUUUUUAAUCUAGUGAUUGAUGUUAUUAAUGGAGAUGGACAUCCUAUUCUUAAUAUGGCUUGUAAUAGAUCAAGUAUCUUUGUUUUUGUUGGAUAGUGUAGCAUAUGUGGUUGGUGUUAUAGCCAUUAGUAUCUUAUAGAAGAAUUUGUAUUUAACACAUUUUAAUUAUUUUGUCAGAAUAUGUAUUUUAAUUAUGUAAAACCCUGCUCACUAUGAAUAUAUUUCAUUGACCUUUUUUUCCCCCUUUUGAUAAUUUAUCUGACACUGCUGGACAAGGGGCUUCUCAAGGAGAAUCUUCAAUUUUUCUUAUUGUUCCCAUGUAGUAGAUUUCAUUCUAAAAAAUACUGGUCAGAUCACAUUUAAUUUUGUGAUCCUUACACUAGGUACAAAGCUGAAUUAAUUUUGCUUCACUUUAAUUUUAGCAACCUUGAUUUCAAUUUUUACAUUAUUUGUUUACAUGUCCUGUUAAAUAUACAGUUUUAGCAUAUACAAUAUAUAAAUAAUCAUGGUGACAACUUAUAAGUGAUGCUUAAGUUUAAGGUCCUAUAUAUUGCGUGUCAGAGUAGAUUAACUAAGAUUAAUAACUUUUGUCAUUGUUAAUGAAAUAUAGACUCUAAGAUAUGUUUAUGGAUUAUAUCUUUUUCUUUACAACGCAAAAAAGAACAAUUUAAAAUGUGAUAUUUGUGAUCAUCUUGGUUGUCAGGAACAAUUUAACAUUUGACAUACGUCUUAUAGGAAUUGGUCUUUGCUAUUUUGUUUUGAAAAAUGCUUCUUCUCAUAAUGAUUGGUGAUGUUUCGUCAUCUUGGAUUAAUGUUUUUGUUUUUAGUUAAGAAUUAUAUAGUUAAUUUAUAUAUAUUCACAUGUAGGUGUUUAAGUAAUAAUUAAGCUAGGGUCUGACUAUAUUUACUAGUGUUGGGAGCAUUUGAUUUGCAGAAAUAUAGUGUAUAACAUAAUGCAUGGUUUUAUGACUCAUAUCUACUUAUUCUAUUUAGCUGCUUAUGUUUUUUAUUUCAAAUACAAAAUUUUAACAAUUUCUUACAUAUUUGAUAUUUUGGUUGUCAAUUAUAUUUUUCUUAUGAGUGUUUAAACAACGAUAAUGUUUAACUUUUCAAUUUCAUCGACUUAUUUUAUUCUAUCUCUAACGACAUCUGGUCACCUCUCUUUGGGUAUUUCUAGUUACUACUAAUACUUUACUCGAUUCGUAUUUAUUUGAGAUUGCUCUAAUUAUAUUCAUAUGAUUUAUUUGGGAUUGCUCAAAUUAUAUUCAUCUGAUUUAUUUGUCAAUUUAAGUGAUUGUGAAUUUGUGGUGUAUUUCAAGCUUCUCUGAAUUGUUUUGAUUGAUUAAUGUUUAUAUUUUAAUAAUAUUUUAAGCUAAUUUUCUGUAUUGGGGGUUAGGGGAUUUAGAUGAAAAUUAAACUACAAGUCACAACUUGGAUGAAAUGUGAAUUCGUGGUGCCUAUCUCAUGUGGGGCAUAUGGUUGGACAGAAACAUUACAGUUUUCCAAGGAAAACCAACCCCCAUUGCAGUUUUGGUGACUCGGGUUCAGAGAUGGUGCAAGGAUAAUGAAAAAAACAACAAGGCAAUCCAUGCUUCCCCUGCUCCUGCUCGUCAAACCAGUUCGAAGGUAUGGUUACUCCCCCUGCAGGCUGGAUUAAAUUGAAUACUAAUGCUUCUCUAUAUGAGUUGGAACUGGGGUUGUAGCUCGUGAUUCCUUGGGCAAUGUCCUGUUUUCAGCGUGUAGAAGACUGAAAGUGUGGUGGCAGCCUGAGAUAGCUGAAGCAAAGGCUGUUGUGUGGGCUUUAAAGCUGGGCAGAUGCUUUGGUAUUGACAAAGCAAUCGUUGAGACAGACUGCCGGGUAGUCACUAACAGGGAAGGAAAUGAAGUGGCUCAUAACCUUGCAAGAGUUUUUCCUUAUGAUGUAGAGCAAAUUUGGGAGAGUAAAGUUCCCUUAGAAGUCUCCCCUUAUGUACUCAUGGAUCCUCUUAUCCUCUUAUUUUGAAUUAUUAAUCCUUGCUCGCCCUUUAAAAAAAAUUAUAAGUUGGAUUUAUAUUUGUUAUAAUAGAAAACUCAAUACUAUCAUGAGAUAUUGUAAAAAUACUAUAAUAUAUUUGUAUGCAAUAAAAAAAUUUGUCCUAA